AUGCCAAUUUGGAAGACAGCAACCUUGGGUAAAAAUGUGACACUUCAAUGUGAGAUCUCUGAUUACCCUCCUCCAGAACUGGAUAUCAAAAAAACAACGUUCAUCUGGUAUUUGCAAACAUCUGAAGGGAAUAAAAUAGAAAAACUUUGUUCAGUUAUUGCUGGAGAACAUUCUUCAAAUAGAGCUGGUUCAAGGCUGGAUACAAUUCAGUUAAAAAAUGGAAAUGCCGCCCUUUUCCUUCCACAAAUACAGCUGAAUGAAGAGGGCAAAUAUAUUUGUGUUGUGAUUACUGCUUCUCUUAGAGCUGAAGGAGCCACGAUUUUAGAUCUAGUUGAUCCACCAUCCGUGGAAAUGGUGGGCAGUGAAGAACUGAAGCAUCAGGAAGAAACGCCGUUACAAUGCUUGAUUUCACACUUUCGACCGAAGCCUUUGCAUGCAGACCUCUUCUUAGUAACUGAACCCCAGAAUACAAAACAGAAAAUAGCCUCUUGGGAUACAACAUCAGCUGAAGAACCUAUGGAAGAUGAUGAAAAUGUCCUCCUCCUCAGGAACUUGGAGGACAUGUUUAAAGUUUAUCCCGAGUUGAAAUCAAAACCAAAAAAGUAUUUUGACUUCCAGUGGAAAAUCUGCAUAAAUCCAGAUAUACAGAAGCUGGAGAAAUUCGAACUUUUAUUGGAAGUUAAACAUAGGGGCUUUCAGCAUGGAUUGGGCACUGAAAGGAAAUCAUUUAAAGUCAUAGCCUUACCAAUGCUUCAUAAAGUUCAUUGUUCCACAAAUGUGCCAAGACUAAAUGAACCACUCAUUCUUAGUUGCAAAAUUCAUUCUUAUUUUCCGGACACCCUUGAAGUCUGUUGGAGUAACGAUGAUGGAAUUCUAGACAGUUCUUUUUCAACUCCACCCACAAAAGGUGCUGAUGGGUUUUACUUUUGCAUCAGCAAGGUCCAAUAUUGCCCCCAGGUGGUAGAUUCUGGAAAGAGGUUUGUCUGCAGAGUUAACCUUGAAGGCUCAAAAGCAUACAAAAAAUCUACAUGGCAGAUGAACACUGUGGAACGUGCCCCCAAAGUUUGCAAAAUUGAAUGUAAGCCCCCUAUACCCGAGUGUGGGAAACCCAUCACAUUGAGUUGCUCAUUGACAGACUACCAUCCACCUGAGUGUGACAUUUAUUGGAGAAAAGGCUUUGAAGAGCUCACGGAUGCUACAGUUAAAACAGAGGAGCCCCAGUUGGACCAAACAUCAAAGCUGUACUCCAGGACAAGUGAAAUAACCUUUAUACCCAGCGCAGAAGACCAUGAAGUAGACUUCUUUAUUGAAAUAAAUCACUGUAACAAAAUUUUACAGGAGAGACAUACAGUCAUGCUGCAAGAUUUUCCCAAACUUUCAAAUAUUGUUAUUGAACCAAAUGAUGCAGAUUAUGGAGAAACUGUAAAUUUAAUUUGUGACAUCACGGAUUUCAAUCCUAAAGAAAUUUGUGCUCAGUGGUUCCUGGGAGAUGAAUCAAUAACGAAUGGUGCAGUCACAGAGAAUUUAGACAUGGCCUCUAAUGGUUGUUACAAAUUAAAUUCUGUGUUGAAACUAAAAGCUACUGCUUCAGUUUGUGAUAAGGCCAUUUGUUUCAAGGCGAGCCAUGCAAGAUUGACAAAACCUAUUACAAGAAAAGUAUAUCUAAAACUUCCAGCCAAACGGCCUGUUUUGUCUGAAAUAAAGGCAACUGCAGAUCAUCAGAAUAUCUUCCUUGAAAUUUCUAUAUCACAAUUUGCACCUCAUGAUAUACAAGUCAGAUGGUACCAAGGCUGGAGACAAAUAUAUGAAAAGAUCAAUCCCAGGAAGGUUACGAUUGGAGAAGAUCACUUAUGUUAUUUUGUUAGUAAAAUACGCUUCGAUCCAAAAUUACUUAGCUUUGGGAAGACAAUACGAUGUGAAGUUAAACAUCUAACAUCUACUGAGGAAAAAAGCUUAACACUGAAUACAACAGAUUUUUCUGAACUUCUUGAGGAAACCCAACAUCAUCACCCUGAGUCAUAACCAUUAUGAACUCAUUCAAAAGCGCUGUCCAGCCACCAUGGUCAGAAUAAUCCAACCUGCCCCUGGAGAAGGAAGAACCCCUACAAAACAUCUAUGAGGCCUGUUGUAAAGACUAUUCUAGCCAUCUGUUGGAUAAAACUGAACUCACUCUGAGUUAGACUUCAGCUAUGCAAGUGCCUUCUGUCAACGCUGUUAACAU